AUGUCGAUGGCAAUGCAAGCAGCUAUAGCAGCUACUGCACAACCCUCAGAUCAUCUUGAUCGUGUUGUGCAGUCUGUGACAGAUGCUACCAAAAGAUUGUCCCAGAUCUCCACUAGCACGACGAAUACAACAACAAAGUCGUCGAAGCGUAGAUCUAGAGACACAAUUGGGCCUUGGAAGCUUGGCAAAACGCUUGGAAAGGGCUCUUCCGGUCGUGUCAGACUUGCUAAAAACAUGGAAACAGGUAAACUGGCUGCUAUAAAGAUUGUGCCCAAAACAAAAUCUUCUUCGAGACCAAACUCACUGCCCUACGGCAUUGAGCGUGAAAUCAUCAUUAUGAAGCUAAUCUCCCACCCUAAUGUCAUGGGCCUUUAUGAAGUGUGGGAAAACAAACUGGAAUUAUUUCUGGUACUUGAAUACGUCGAUGGCGGCGAACUUUUCGAUUAUUUGGUGUCGCGCGGUCGGUUACCUGAAAGAGAAGCUAUCCAUUAUUUCAAGCAAAUAAUCGAAGGAGUUGCAUACUGUCACAGCUUUAACAUAUGUCACCGUGACUUGAAGCCUGAGAAUUUGUUAUUGGACAAAAAAAACAGACGUAUCAAAAUCGCGGAUUUUGGGAUGGCUGCAUUACAAACUUCCAAUAAACUUCUCGAGACAUCCUGUGGGUCACCCCAUUAUGCGUCACCCGAAAUCGUUAUGGGCAAAACUUAUAACGGUGGGCCAAGUGAUAUCUGGUCGUGCGGUAUUGUUUUGUUUGCACUACUCACUGGCCAUCUUCCAUUUAACGAUGACAACGUCAAAAGAUUACUUUUAAAAGUUCAGUCUGGGAGAUACCAAUUACCUUCAAACAUGUCAGCUGAGGCGCGCGACCUCAUUUCAAAGAUAUUGAUUGUAGAUCCAAGUAAGAGAAUUAGCAUUCAGGGCAUUCUGUCACACCCUCUGAUCACGAAAUAUGAUACAAAACGUAGCAAAUCUAAUUCCAAUUUACAUCUUCUCAACAAUUCCGCUGCUCAAAUUGUUACGCUUGAAAGUAAGCAAGAUGUUGACCCCACAAUUUUACAGAAUUUACAAAUUCUGUGGCAUGGUGCUCCAAAAGAAUUUAUCAUCAGACGUCUAUUGCAACCUGAUUUCACCGAAGAGAAAAUGUUUUAUUCCCUGCUUUUAGCAUACCAACAAAGACAGUCAAAUCAAAACCAGAAGCAGAAGGAACCUUCCGUGAAUGCUCCGAAAGUCAUUCAGAAAUCUCAAUUCAGCGUUCCAUCGAUAAGAUCCCAAUACUCACCAAAAAAGGAACAUGUUGCUUCAUCUUCUCGGGUCUUCAAAUCCAACUCUAACAGAUUUAUUCACUCUGCUUCUAAAAGAUCUUUGCAUAGUUCAACAUCCAAAAGAUCACUAAGAUCUUCUGCCUCCAAGAAAUCUUUAAGAGUAUCUCCUGAAAAAUCUCUUAUCAGCAAGUCUUCGAAUACUCCAACAAUGCAUCCACCGCAACCGGCGGAACCACUUGAAUCGUCAAAAAGGUCCUUAUAUUCUUUGAAAUCGAUCUCUAAGCGUUCGGUUAAUUUGAAGGAUUAUUUGAACGAUGAGUCUAGCUCAAUUCCCCCGCUACCAACCCAAUCUGAAUUUGAAAUGUUAUGCGAGCAAAUACUUUUCGGUGGUGGCCUCAGCGGAAUCAAGGAAGAAGGCCCUGAGGAAAAUGAAAUAUCUAAUGAUUUCAAUUAUAAUACCUCUCAGGACGACUCAAACGAUUCUCGCAUUGAAACUCAAACGUCAGUUGAUACCAUUACAGCUCCUGUAGUAAACAAGACUCAGUCCCAUAGCCCCGGAAAAGCUCCUGAACCUGACACUUACCCUCUUCCAAGAAGACCUGUUGAGAAAACUGCAGAUCAAAAGCAGCGUAUUGUCUCUGCUCCGACAUCGAAGGAAAAACCAAUCUCACUUGACCCUCGUCGUAAUGUUUCUCAACCCAAUUCAAUCGAGAUGCUAUUGGCUAAGUAUAGUUUAAGAACUCACUUGAGGUCAAAGUCCAAUUUGAAAAAGCUGAGAAACAGUGGGGAUUGGUCUAUUGAAAAAGAUUUUGAUUUUGGAUCGUCCGAGAAUGCCGUACAACCAGUGGCAGAAUCUACAAUGGAGGCGAACACAUCCACAGCUUUGAAUCAUGGCCUGCUAACAAGCGUUCUGGCUCAAUCUAGUACGAUUGAAAGUACAAGUAGCCAUGCCUCGCGCCAAGAAUCGAGCAGCUUCGAACCACUGUUGUCCUUACCAUCCAGCACGCUUAACAGCUCGAUGACAUUCAAGAAUUUGAGUCAAUUUCUUUCUGAGAACGCUGUGCAACCAAGAAGAACGGCUUCAGUGGCUCAUAGUACUGAUCCUAAAUCAGAGACGCUCACUUUGGCACCAGUGAGGAAACAGUCGAAAAAGCAGACCCUAGCUCCUCGAACUAGUUUAAAUGUGCCAGCGUCCCGUAAGCCAAGUCAAGUAAGCACUGAUGCGCGCUCUGAAAAUAGAUCCGAAUAUUUUUCGGACAUGUCCUUUGCGUUGGAGAUACCCACGCAUACCUUUACAGCCCAGGCUGUUCAAAUAUCCAACGGUAGUUCUUUGGAGCAGCUUGAAAUUCCCAAGCACGUGGAAACAAUGCACGCAGAGCCCGUCGAAGAAGAGAUCAAUAUCUUCGAGGAUGCACCCGGGGAUACUGCUUCUGUUGCGACAAGUUCGUCUGGGGUUGAUUCCCAAUUGCAAGCACAUCGUAAGGCAACAUCAAUUGAUACUUUGAACACGACUAAUCUAUUGACUACGUCGCCUACAGAUGUCCGAGUGUCGUUGUAUGCUAACAACAUAGCGUCUUCUAUUGGAUUGCCCAGAGAAACAACCGAGGAGAUUAUUUCCAAAUUCAAACUAUCGCCCGAGAAGGGUAUGCAGAUGCCCCAGAAGCGCUUUUCGUAUCAGCAAGGUAAGAUACCUCUUUCUCAAAGCAUGAUUUCCUUAUUCAAAGAUUUGGAUGACGAGCAAGACGAAAUUGAGAAUAAUUCGACUAAACCAGGUGGCACACAACAUGGGUUAGACAAUUUCCAAGAGACCACCACAAAUGAAGAGCCCACGCAGGGCGAGCCUCGUGCGGCAGAAAACAAGAAGCCUGAGCUCGAGGGCAAAAAACGUGUAACCAUGCUGUUCGACGACGAUACGGAAAAUGUGUUCAAGGCCUCCCCGAUCAAGCGCCCCCCCGCGCCAGCGACCACGGCAACGCCAAAGGUUUCUACGUCAAAGGCAAGUGCGCCCGCUCCAUUUAGAAAGAGCAAGCUCACGACGGUGGUCGAGUGCGAGCACUCGCCGCCACCUAAACCACAGCGCGCUCCCGUGCAGAUGGCAAAACCUGUGUCAACAGGCGGCAACUGGUUCACAAAACUCAUGCGUACGUUGGCUCCGCGUUCUAACCGUGGGCCGGCGUUGACGCGAGACCACGUUACGUCGCUUCCAUUCGAGGAAGCACACCUGGUAGUGUUACGCGAGUUCGGGAACAACGCGGUAGACUACGAGCUCAAGCGUCUGGACAAGCGCGGCACGCACAGCCGCGCAGAGUACGCGUGCCAAUUCGUACAGGGCCGGUUCCGAUUCAAGAUUCGCAUCGAGGGCGACACGCGCAGCGCAAACAUCCAUGUCAAGAAGCGCGGUGGGAACGUGGACGCCGACGCGUUCCAGCGCUUCAACAACGACAUUGCCAAAGUACUGCGUAAGGCACAAUGCUAG